CACACGCACACGCAAUCCAGCACAACAACGCCAAACACUGACCACACACCCCCCCCACACCACACCACAACAACGAUCCACCACCCUCUCGUGAUGGAACUGGACGAGGAAGAGCGGCAGGCCAUCGAUACGAUGGCAGAGUUCGUGGCGCGGAACGGCCCCACGUUUGAGGCCAUGACCCGCGCCAAGCAGCGCCACAACACAAAGCUCGCCUUCCUGUAUCAGGGCCACAAGCACCACGGCUACUACCGCGCCAAGGUUGCGGAGCUGAAGAUGGCCGAGGCAGCCGCGCUCAAGACACACAAGGCCGCCGGCAGCGCCGAGGCAACCAAGAUUGCACACUUCAAGGCACAGCUCCUCAAGCGCGUCAUGGACACGGGCACCAAGGCACACAUCAAGGAGGCGACCUUCUGGAGCAUUGAGCAGCGGUUCUCGACCAAAGGCUUCUUCGAGCUCGUGCUCGCUCUGCAGCAGCGCGCCCUCUCUGCAGAGGAGCCGGAGAAACGGAUACGCUGCCUGCUGCUCGCCGCCAACAUGCUGUAUCACGGGACGCGUCUUCGUGUGCACGACCUCGUGUCGCCGCUGCAGACCGCCAUGCCCGCCCUCUGCUUCUCCGUCAUCUCCACCGGCGACGAUGGCAAACACGUCGUCGAUCAGCUGCUGCGGGUGUGGGCGGGCGACGCGGUGUUCCCAGCGCCGCUGAUGUCAUCACUAGAGAGCACGUGCGCCGGCCGCGUGCCGCCACGACCGCUGCUCUCCGACCUUCCGCCCGCUCGCGACGAGGACGCCCCGCUGUAUGCGACGACGCCUGCCGCGCUUAUGAUGAACGCAAUGCGGGAGAACAACGACUUUGAGCCAAUCGAUGUUGAGCAAUUACAGCCGCUGCCGUACGACCGCCCGUCAUCGCAACACAUCCAGGACGCGCUCCAGGAGUUCUUUGCGCCGUCGAAAGGAAAGCGGACGGCGGACGGAUGGGAGCGCGGCGCCCUCGACCAGCACUACAAGCGCGCGCCAUCGUGGAUGCAGGAGCAGCAACAUCAGCACGAACCCUUUGGCCGUGGCAAUGGCGAUUACGACUGAAGAGACACACACUUCUGGGCACAUGUGUGUGUAUGAGUGCUUGUUGUGGGAGGUGUACAUUGGUAAUGAACCCGUCUUUGC